AAAGAUUCCACGGUUUCAAGAUUAUUGUAGUACUAUCUGGUUGCGCCGCUGUCGCACGCAAAUCAUGCGCCUGCUAACCCACAACAUGCUCGUGUGCAACAUCAAGGCCUGCGUGGCCACUGCCAGGCAAGGAGAGAACGCCCUGCCGCUCAACUACCCUCUCAAGAUCCAAGUCGACAAUGAAAGUGGCAUCGACAUCACAGACACCAACUACAGUAAAGACUUUGUGCUGCACAUUCUCAAGUCUAUUGACUGGACGGGCUUGGUGCAAACUGUGGCUCAGCUCAACCAUCCUGAGCUGCCCCAAUUGCCUCAAGAACUUCCGGUAGAUGUAGCUGCACGAGAAGACAUCCUUCGUGCCGUGCAUCAUAUCAUCUUUGAUACCACGAUCAUCGAAGGCGAGCUUGUCUGCAACAACUGUGGCCGCAGCUACCCGAUCAAGAAUGGCAUCCCCAACAUGCUUUUGGAGGAAGACGAAAUGUAGAUGCACCAAACGUAGUUAGCCCGUCAAUCACACUCUAAUGUAUUUAGUCUCGAUGCAAAUCCUCGCGCAGACGUCAUUGCUUCCUUGUUGCAUUCUCACCUUAACCAUGGCACGACACCCUCCCUGACUUGUCGUCUAUGUGUUGCUCCAGUUCCUAAACAUUUG